AUGAAGCUGGACUUGACUGUGGGUUGCACGCUGGUGCUGCUGCUGCUGACCGCGGUGCUGAGCGGGGCAGGAGCCGUUCCUGUCCCUGAGCCCCUCAGGACGCUCCCGGGUGCAAGGGGCUGCCACAUGGCCCAGUUCAAGUCUCUGUCCCCACAAGAGAUGAAGGCCUUCAAGAGGGCCAAGGACGCCUUGGAGGAGGCGCUCCUGCUGAAGAGCUGGAGCUGCAGCGCCCGCCCCUUCCCCAGGACCCGGGACCUGAGGCAGCUGCAGGUGUGGGAGCGCCCUGUGGCCUUGGAGGCUGAGCUGGACCUCACACUGGAGGUCCUGGCGACUGUGGCUAACUCGACCCUGGGGGACAUCCUGGACCAACCCCUUCACAUGCUGCGCCACAUCCACUCCCAUCUGCAGGCCUGUCUCCCAGCUCAGCCCAGAGCAGGCGCCAGGCCCCGGGGCCACCUCCGCCACUGGCUCCACCGCCUCCAGGAGGCUCGGGACAAGGAGUCCCGUGGCUGCCUUGAAGCCUCUGUCACAUUCAACCUGUUCCGCCUCCUCACCCGUGACCUGAAAUGUGUUGCUGAUGGAGACCUGUGUGUCUGA